AUGAGCACCCCAGGCGUGCUGACCUUCACCCAGCAAGCCUGGGAGCAGGUCCUGGCCAAAGUGAAACGGGCCGUGGUCUACCUGGACGCCGCCUGCGCCGAGAGCCUGCACUGGGGCUGCGGGUCCUCACGGCUGCUGGAGGCGGUGGGGAGCUCUGCGUGUUACGUGCGGGAGUUCGAGCCCGCCGCAGUUGGUGGCGGAACCGAGCAGCCCAAAGCGGUGUUUGUGUUGAGUUGCCUGCUGAAAGGCCGGACCGUGGAGACCCUACGGGACAUCAUCUGCCGCAGUCACUUCCAGUAUUGUGUGGUGGUCACGGCUGUGAAUCACGCAGUCCACCUCACGGCUAAUCACGUGCCGCCGGCGGCGGCGGCUGAGCUGGAAGGGCAGCAGCCAGUGUUCGAGCAACUGGAGGAGAAGCUGUGUGAGUGGAUGGGCAACAUGAACUACACGGCUGAGGUGCUGCACGUCCCGUUGUUACUCGCAUGUGCUGCUCCCCACCUUGCCUUGACUCCAGCUUUUGCUUCCCUUUUCCCACUAUUACCCCAGGAUGUGCAUAUCCUCAACUGUGCCCGACCGGACAAGAGGAGGCUGGGAAACCUGGGUGAGGUGGAUGCCACUACCCUAACCCCUGAGCUGCUGCUGACGAUUAGGUGCCUGGUGUCCGGCCUCAGUUCCCUGUGUGAGCAUUUAGGGGUACGGGAGGAGUGUUUUGCUGUAGGUUCCCUCAGUCGGAUCAUCGCUGCAGAUCUGGCCAAUUUUGCUCCCGCCAAGAACAGGAGGAAGACCGCCACAGGCAGGGCAUCAGUGGUCUUUGUGGACAGAACUCUGGAUCUCACAGGGGCGGCUGGACAUCAUGGAGACAACUUGGUGGAGAAGAUCCUUUCAGUGCUUCCCCAGCUUCCGGGCCACAGCAGUGACGUGAUGGUUAACAUGGUGGAACUCACUGCACUGCAGGCCGAGGACGAGAGUCAGCACAUGGUUGCACCCGGCUGUCUCGCACAGUCCAAUGACCCCGCAGCCAAAGCCCUGUGGGAAGCCUUAUUGAACACCAAGCACAAAGAGGCAGUGAUGGAAGUCCGGAGACAUCUAGUGGAAGCAGCAAGCAGAGAAAACCUGCCAAUCAAGCUGAGUAUGGGGAGAGUCACUCCGGGACAGCUCACGUCCUAUAUUCAUCUCUUCAAGAACAACCUCAAAGCUCUAGGGAAUCACUGUGGGGUCCUACAGCUUGGGCUGGCCACUGUUCAAACUCUGAAACACCCGCAGACUGCCAAGUGGGACAACUUUCUGGCUUUUGAAAGGCUCCUUCUCCAGAGCAUUGGGGAGUCGACAAUGUCUGUUGUGUUAAAUCAGCUGCUUCCCAUGAUUAAGCCUUUGAACCAGAGGACUAAUGAUGACUACAGCCCCGAAGAGCUGCUGGUCCUCCUGAUAUAUAUUUAUUCUGUCAGUGGAGAGUUCUCAGUGGACAAAGACCUGGGUGAAGGUGAAGAAAAAGUGAAGAAGGCGUUGGCUCAAGUCUUUUGUGAGGAGUCUGAAUUGUCACCUUUGCUGCAAAAAAUCACAGGCUGUGACUCUUCAAUUAACCUGACAUUUCACAAGUCCAGAAGUGCCAUGGAUGAACUCUUUACUUCGCUUCGGGAUAUUGCUGGAGCUCGGAAUCUCAUGAAACAGUUUAAGUCUGUAUAUGUUCCUGGAAAUCAUACCCACCAGGCAUCCUAUAAGCCAUUGUUGAAGCAGGUUGUGGAGGAAAUAUUUAAUCCCGAGAGGCCAGAUCCCGUUGACAUUGAACACAUGUCCUCAGGCCUCACUGAUCUCCUUAAAACUGGAUUUAGCAUGUUCAUGAAGGUGAGCCGGCCUCAUCCCAGCGACCACCCUCUUCUGAUUCUCUUCGUGGUGGGCGGGGUCACAGUCUCGGAAGCCAAAAUGAUCAAAGACCUUGUGCCAUCCCUGAAGCCAGGAACCCAGGUAAUCGUGCUGUCCACGCGACUCCUAAAGCCAACUAAUAUCCCUGAACUGUUAUUUACAACUGACCGGCUGCAUCCAGACCUUGGCUUCUGA